AUGUUGGCAGGCGGAGAACAGCAGCACAGAGAGCCACUGCGAGAAAUACAAGCACCGAGGGCAGCGGUUCCUGCACCUAUUGCCCCUCAGCGGGCUACAGCAACAGCAGCAAGCAUACAGAAGACAUCAAGCACCGGUAAACGUUCUGCCAACAAGGAGACAGUUGACGAAGCUCCACCGGUACACCGCAAGCCUCCACGCAAGAAACCAAUGGUCCAGGACUGUGUUACAGCAGAGGAUGAUGAUACCUCUUCUUCUUCUUAUGUCUCCGCUGAAGGUUCAAUUAGCGUGGGCACAGUGACUAAGGCCGCAACAUCUUCGGUGGGGGUGCCGGUGUCAGCUAGGCCACCCAUCCCUGUUGGGGCUGCAGUUUCCGUGGCUCAACCUGCUGCUGCACCUCAACUUGAGCGAGUUCCUGCCAAUGUUAUGACUAUCGGUGCUCCCCGUGUGGAUGAUGAUGCCGCACCGCUGUCCCCGUCGGCACAUAACCUUGUACAUCGUCUGAACUUACCAAGAAAGCAAGUGAUGUUGCCACCUCCAAAACCUCCUUCCGCUGCUGCCCCCUAUGGUGUCAAGACGCUUGAGAUUUACUCCGUACUGGUGGACAAAAAGCACGUCCAUUACCAAUUCACACUCGACUAUGAAGAGUUCCGCAAGAGAUGGAAGGGGAAGGAUGUAUGGUACCGCUUCCCAGGUAAGGGAAAACAGCAGAUACUGUUGGAUGACGAAAAGCGAUACCAUCAGUUCCUGACCAGGGUCAAGGAGAAUAACGAGGCCCCAACCAUGUGGGAGCAUUCUGAUGCUGACUUCCAUGAUGAUGAUGAUGAUGCCAGUUUCUAUUCAAAGCCACCACCACCACCACCACCACCACCACCACCACCACAGCCAUCACUUUGA